AUGUCGUCCUCGGCACCAGAUUGUGGCUUGGAGAAAGGCGCAUUUGCUCCCAAUCAGCACCAUGUUUCGCCGGAUAGGCCCGAGACCCCAGAGUCCAUCGCUGUACCAAGGCCCAUCCAGCAAGACCUAUCCACCUCCAGCUCACCUUCCAUCUCCGAAGAAACCGCCCCCCAGACCACCGAAGAACCCAACCCACCCCCCUACUCUGCCUUCAGCCAAUCCACCAAAUACCUCAUCGUCGGCAUCGGCGCCAUAGCAGCCAUUUUCUCCCCCAUCUCCUCCAACAUAUUCGUCCCCGCCAUCCCCACCCUCGCCUCCCAAUUCCACCGCUCCGAAUCCGACAUCUCCCAAGCACUCACCAUCUACCUCGUCUUCCAAGCCACCACCCCUUCCCUAUUCGGCGCCAUGUCGGAUUCGUUCGGGAGGCGGCCUUUGUACAUCUUGAUCCUGGUGAUUUACUUUGCGGCGAAUAUUGGAUUGGCGCUGAUACCGACGAGUGGGUAUGCGGCGCUGCUUGUGCUGAGGGCGGUGCAGUCGACGGGGGGGAGCGCGGUGGUAGCUAUAGGGUAUGGGUGUGUGGCGGAUGUAGCCGAGCCGAGGGAGAGGGGUACGUUUGCUGCCAUCUUUCAGACUGGCGCUCUCCUGGGACCUACUCUGGGGCCACUGCUCGGUGGAAUAUUGACACAAACGUUGGGGUGGAGGAGUAUAUUCUGGUUUUUGGUCAUUCUUACGGGCGUCAUCCUGGUACCUCUUAUAUUCCUUCUACCAGAGACGCUCAGAUCCCUAGUGGGCGACGGCUCGAUCCCACCCCCACCAUUAAACAGCACCCCCAUCCAGGUUUAUCAAAGCAACAAAACAUCAAAAGCCCGCGCCGCUGCUGGUCUCGACACUGAAAAAUAUCAACCCCUGUCUUCAUUAAUGCUCUUGCUCAUCCCCGAGAUCAUCUUGGUCUUCUUCUGGAGCUCUCUCAUCUAUAUGGAAUAUUACGCCAGUAUUGCGCUGUACUCUACGGCUUUGAAAGACCAGUAUGGGUUUUCAGAGAUCAAGAUCGGUCUCUGCUACCUACCAUGCGGGUUCGGCACGAUCCUCUCCACCAUCCUCAACGGCAAACAACUCGACUACUACUUCCGCCGCGAAGAACGUCGCGUCGGGGGCGACUACAGCUCCCACCCCCACACCUUCAACACCGAACGCUGCAGGCUUUACUGUUUUAUACCGUAUACGGUGGUGGGGCUGGUGGCGAUGACGGCGCAGGGGUGGUGUUUGGAGGCGGGGGCGCCGUUGGGGGGGGUGCUUGUUGUGAAUUUUUUUGUGGGGCUUGGGAUGGGGGUUGUUACGACUUCUACGAUGUACGCACAAGAUAUCUGCCCAAACAAGGGAGGUGCCAUCUCCGCCUCUUUCAACCUCGUCCGAUGCGCCUUCGCAGCCAUCGGCACAGCUACAAUUCAAAUGAUGUACGAAACUCUCAACGCGGGAUGGACAUUCGUCCUCCUCUCAGGGCUUGUCGUCGUAUUCAUGCCCUUUCCUAUAUCCGUCGUACGAUAUGGGAGGAGGUGGAGGGCAGCGAGGGAGAGGAAGGAGGAGGGGAAGAAGCAGAGGGUGGAAGAGAGGGAGAAGGGGAAAGAGAAAGAGGAUGGACGUUGA